CGGGCGGCGGGCGGGGGAAGAUGGCGGAGCUCGGUAAGAAGUACUGCGUGUACUGCCUGGCCGAGGUGAGCCCGCUGCGCUUCCGCUGCACCGAGUGCCAGGACAUCGAGCUGUGCCCCGAGUGCUUCUCAGCCGGCGCCGAGAUCGGCCACCACCGCCGCUACCACGGCUACCAGCUGGUGGACGGCGGGCGCUUCACGCUGUGGGGGCCCGAGGCCGAGGGCGGCUGGACCAGCCGCGAGGAGCAGCUUUUGCUGGAUGCCAUCGAGCAGUUCGGCUUCGGAAACUGGGAGGAUAUGGCUGCUCACGUUGGCGCUUCCCGGACUCCCCAGGAAGUGAUGGAGCAUUAUGUAAGCAUGUACAUCCACGGAAACCUGGGGAAAGCCUGCAUCCCCGACACCAUCCCCAAUCGGGUGACAGACCACACCUGCCCCAGUGGAGGCCCCCUGUCUCCCAGCCUCACCACCCCCUUGCCUCCCCUAGACAUCUCGGUGGCCGAGCAGCAGCAGCUGGGCUACAUGCCACUGCGGGACGACUACGAGAUCGAGUACGACCAGGACGCCGAGACGCUCAUCAGCGGGCUCUCGGUCAACUACGACGACGACGACGUGGAGAUCGAGCUGAAGCGCGCGCACGUGGACAUGUACGUGCGGAAGCUCAAGGAGCGGCAGCGGCGCAAGAACAUCGCGCGCGACUACAACCUGGUGCCCGCCUUCCUGGGCAAGGACAAGAAGGAGAAGGAGAAGACGGCCAAGCGCAAGGUCACCAAGGAGGAGAAGGAGCUGCGGCUGAAGCUGCGGCCGCUCUACCAGUUCAUGUCCUGCAAGGAGUUCGACGACCUCUUUGAAAACAUGCACAAGGAGAAGAUGCUGCGCGCCAAGAUCCGGGAGCUGCAGCGGUACCGGCGCAACGGCAUCACCAAGAUGGAGGAAUCGGCCGAGUACGAGGCGGCCCGGCACAAGCGGGAGAAGCGGAAGGAGAACAAGAACACGGCUGGCUCCAAGCGGGGGAAGGAGGACGGCAAGGACAGCGAAUUCGCCGCCAUCGAGAACCUGCCCGGCUUCGAGCUGCUGUCGGACCGCGAGAAGGUGCUCUGUAGCUCCGUGAACCUGAGCCCCGCUCGCUACGUGACCGUCAAGACCAUCAUCAUCAAGGACCACCUCCAGAAGCGGCAGGGCAUCCCCUCCAAAAGCCGCCUGCCCAGCUACCUGGACAAGGUCCUGAAGAAAAGGAUUUUAAACUUCCUCACGGAGAGUGGUUGGAUUUCCAGGGAUGCUUCCUGAAGGCGAGUCCCUGUGAGACCUGGAGUGAUGCUGAAAAGCUUGGGUGAAAUUUUCAGCAUUAAGUAAGCCCUUCAGAUACACUGUAUAUGGCUUUAGUUGUAAACUGCACGGCAUGCUGGCAGAGAAGCGCUCCCUGUGGCCUAGCGAGGAGUCCAGGGCGUCUCUGUGAGCACGCGGUGGCGGGCCGUGCUGUUGCUCCCGGUGCCCCGCAGGACGACGGCUGGCGGAGAGCGGGUCCCGUCCACCACUGAGCAGAGACGGAGGCAGUGCUACGUUCCCGCAGGUGUUCAGCCAGUGGUUCUCACCUGGGGUUCCUGGACUGGCAGCAUCAGCACCCCCUGGGAACCUGCUAGAAAUUCAGGUACUCAGGCCCCGCCCCAGUCCUCAGAAACUCUAGGGGUGGGGCCCGUGGAGCUGUGUUCUUACUGGCCUUCCAGGUGACCGGGAUGCAGGCUGAAGUUUGAGAACUACUGGCUUUAGCUACUCUGAUGUCAUUGAUUUUCUACAUCAGAUUCCUAGUUUGAUGAGGUUUUAACUUUAGUCUUAUUUUUAUAUAAAAUGAUUGCCAGACUUUCAUUAAGCUUGAGAAGCAAAAGCUCCCUGUAAAUGUGUGUGGCCCUGGCUGAGAGCUGUCAAGUGAAAAACUUUUGUGUUUAAGCAGGUUUUCAGUAUGUGUAUCUCUUUGAUGGUAUGAAGAAUUUAUCUAGGCUUGACUGUUUUGAAACAAACACCAUAAUGAAUGUAUAAUUUAUGUUAGAGUAUUAACGCUUCGUUACAAGGGAAAUGUAAUUUUAUGAUUGGUUGCCUCUUAUCCCAUCAACUCCAGCUAUUACUGUCACAUUAGUCCUUACCCUGCUGUUAGCUCAGAGCCUUUAAAUUUCUAUAUUUAAUUCUCAUGAUAAAUUAGUCACCAUAAUCCCAUGGAGUUAAUUAGGUCUUUUCAGAAUUUAAACUCUUUGAGUCACAAAAGAUAAUCAGCUAUUCAGAAUGAUGCUCUGGGUGGCCAACAUUCCGAGAAUGUAUUAAAACCGAAACUCUGCCUACUGUUCUUAUUUCCCUUUUACAUAUUAAACAGGUUGAGAACCAAA